AUGGCGGCGGUUUACCAUCGAGUUGAUUAUGACACACAUUUCAACCCAGAAAAGUACAUACAAGUUGUGAUGUCUUUGAUUGAGUAUAACCGACGAUUUCACGUGUUAUUGCAAAAGUCAUUGGACACAGGUAAAUUCUGUGGUGAUCGGAUGAUCGAUAUUGGUAGUGGGCCGAACAUACAUCAAUUGAUCCCACUAUGUAUGCGUUAUAAAGAAAUAGUGUGUGCCGAGUACACCGAGUCGUGUAGGCGAGUUUUGCAAAACUGGAAAGAGAAGAAGCGAGGCUCAUUGGACUGGACGCCAUGUUUUAAAUAUGUAUGUGGUUUAGAAGGAAAUAAUGGAAUGCUAUUUUCUGAUGAGACAUCCGAAGAACGAGAAAACAAUCUAAGGAAGGCAAUUAAAGAGAUCAUCCCUUGUGACGUCACUAAAGCAAAUCCUCUGGAGCCGCGAAGCGAUUACCCGUUUGAUGCGAUGUUUACUUCGCUGUGCCUAGAAUGUGCAAGUCCCGAUAGCCGAUCGUAUCGCCAGGCGGUCGUGAACAUGGCGUCACUCUUAAAACCGGGCGGUCGUCUUAUCUUGUGGAGCUUCCUGAACGGUACAUCGUACACUAUCGGGGAGACGGAGUUCCCUAUUUUGAAGGUCAGCGAAGGUUUUGUGAAAUCAGCGCUCAAAGAAGCCGGGUUUAUUGACAUUGAAACAACGCAAGUGUUUUAUAGAGAGGAUUCAGAUACGACGGCCCUAAAUAUUGGUGGGUUUCUUUACCUGACAGCCACUAAGAAAGCUAGGACGCAGAGCGUGCGAAAGUAG